AUGACAGCUACACCAACACAACCAACAUUAACCCUUCGACCUAAUAAUCCAUUUGUCGGUGAUACCAUCACCGUUACAUGCAAUUCAACGGUUCAACGAUGGCCUGGAGAUAUAUCUGCACGUCUGUCAUAUCAAUUUCAUACUGAGAAUGAUAGAGGGGAGUUCAACAAUAAUAGAUAUGUAAUGAACAAUCUUACGAAGUUAGAUAAUGGAACGACCAUAUCAUGUCAGGCAACUGAUGACCUUGGAAAAGUGUCAAACAUGAGUAAUACUGUUUUAUUAGACCCGUUUUAUGGUCCUGAAAAUGUUGCAGUAGAACCUUCAAUCACAAAUAUAAAUAUUACAGAAGGAACUACAUUAGGUCCUUUAUAUUGUAUUGCAACCUGUAAUCCUGAAUGUAAUUACAUUUGGAAACAAAACAUGACAGAUUCUUCCAAAGUAACAGAAUUCUGGCUUCGGUCUAACAAUGAGAGUUAUGGAUUGAUAAAUCCUCCAACUUUUAACUUCAAUGAAGAAGUAAAAGUUGAAAUGAAACUGCGUGUGGAAAGUAAUCCUGAUCCGCAAAUAAUGUUCAAUUCUACCUUGUUGAAAAUCCAACCAAUUCAUAAGGGCAAACAGUAUAUUGAUUACAUAUCAAACAUACCUUCCCUUAAAUGUGAAGAAUCUGGAAACUUCUCGAUUCAGGCUAGUAAUGGGAUACCAUAUGCAGAUACCAGAACUGUCAACUUAAACAUAUACUGUAAACCUAGGAAUGCAACAGCUAAAUCCGGAACAAUAAGAACAAAAAUUGGUACAAAAGAAAAUAUAGUUCUGAACGUUACAGCAUUCACGGCACCAAAUGUAACAUGGUUACGUGAGACUAAUUUCGAAUGGAAUGUUCUGAACGAACGAUAUGAUUACAAACAUAAGCUUAAUUCCACAAUACAUAUAAAAACGAAAGAUGAUUUUGGUUCAUAUGGAAUCAAAAUAUGUAACAAAUUAGGAUGCAUUGUGGAAAAUAUAACUUUGAAACCGCAAGAUAAACCAGAAGCACCGAAAAAUUUCUCUGUCAAAAAAGCAACAUUUCAAUCAGUAAAUAUAUCCUGGAUUGCUGGAUUUGAUGGCGGACACAAACAAACCUUUUGGGUCAAGUAUAAAGCAAAAGAUGAUACCAAAUGGGACAAAAAGGAUGUACCAUCUAGUAACAUUAAAUCGGGGAGAACGGUAUACUUCACAUUAGAUCAGCUUAAACCAGAUACUAAAUAUCAAGUAACUGUUGUGUCAAAGAACAUAAAAGGACAAAGAAAUACAUCACUCGAUUUUAAAACAGAAGUUCAACCUACCGUUAAAUCACCAUCGAAAUCAGCAUCCAUGACCCCGAUAUUUAUUGGUAUUGGCUGUGGUUUUGCAGUUAUUCUUAUGAUAAUUACUUCUGUAUAUGUGUUCUUCAAAAGAAGACAUAAAGCCAGCACAAGUGAACUAGCAGAAAGCAAUGUGUUGUAUGCAGUCGUUGAUAAGGUACAACAGAAAUUUAAACGGAGAAAUAUGGAAAACGAAGAUUCUAACAUGUCUAAUGAACCUGCCAAUGCAGAAUAUGCUUCUGUUGUUAAACCCAAAUCCAAAUCUAAAAAGGUACAUUACAAAGAAGACGAAAUUGAAACAGCAAAUGAUGAAUAUGCAGUUGUAGACAAAUCAAAACGAAAGAUAAAUUUCACAGACGAUGAUACUACUUAUGCAAAUCAAGGCGAUGCAGAUUUGCUUAUACGUCAACCAUCGAAAAAAAAGCCAUCUGGACGGAGUAAAAAUCAGGAUGGUUUGACAUACAUAGAAGUAUCCUUCACAAGGAAGCCAAAAGAUCGACGUCGUAUCAUUGGAGCCGAAAACAGGACAAACUAUGUUGAUAUAGAUUUCACAAGGACUGCUGAUCCAUUACCAGAAACUGCAGAUGAAUAACCUAUAUAGAAUAUAGUGUAUUUGUUUACUCAAGUUUUGUAUUUAACAGGUUUAGAUGUAGAAAUAUUAAAAGUUUCAAAUGUAUGAUUUUUACAAUCGAAAAAUGUUAUGAAGAUCUGGAAGGGGUUAGCAAAAAAAAAGAGUAUAAUAGAGAAAUUACAUAUAAAAAUUUAAAACACUUGACAUUCCAAAAAAUAAAUAGAGUUGUAUGUUCUAAAAAUUAUGAAUACAGAAAUGAAAACACAACGUUCAGACCUUCACGCUAAGUUUUUUUAAAAAGUCCGAUCAAGCUGAUGAUACCCGAAGUUCUUCUUUCAAAUGAGAACAUUGCUUGUACGUAAGUCAUGUCGUAAUUAUAAAAUCCAGCUGUAAAAAAGGAAGGUCUAUUUCUCCAGAGUAAAUGUUGUUAUUUUAAAUAUAUUUAAAAGUCAUAUGCACACUAAUUUCACGGUUUGGGUG